CGAUUCUGAUUGGCUGGCAGGUUUUGAUUAAAUUCGUUGAACCGCACAGGUGGUUCCAAUCAGUUUAAUGCGCUUCCUAUAAACAUUGGUAACCAUAGUAACAUACAUUUACAGUUAAAUAGUAAUACAGACGAAAAUAACCGUCAUUUUUAUCGUUCCGGUCAAAUAUUGCAGCGCAAAUAUUAUUAACAUCUUUAAUAUGUGAAUGCUGGCAAAUGACCAUGGCAUAAACGGGAUAAUCAACGCUGCGCGUCGGGCGGUUCUUCGCCUCCACGUCGUACAUUCAAAUCGUUUAAUGCACAGCUAGCCGUUGAUUAUCCCUUAUAUAAUUAAAACCAACUGUUUACUGGAGACAAUCCCUGCGUCCCAAUGUGCAUACUAUCCACCCUAUCUGCCCUAAAUAGUAUUGAAAAUUACUAAUGUCACAUAGAUUUUAGGAUGGAUAGUAUGCACAUUGGGACGCAGGCAUUGUUCAGACUGAGAACCGGUUCGACUGAUUCAAUGAUCCGACUCAUAAGAACGAUUCACGAAACUGUCAUCACUUACUUACUUCUGGACCGAAAACUGGCGCACUAUUAAGGUUAUACAAACAACAGAAAAACAGUUAACUUCUAAGGCGUUUUGUUCUUGAGGGUGUUGUAUCUAAGCGACGUCUGUUAUGGAUGAGAUAUGAACUAUGAGCUUCCAUAAAUACUAAAGGACGAACCGCUAUAAAGGAAAAGACAAGGAAUUUGAAGUAGCCUAGCAUACAGCACUGGAUAUCUGACUCUGCAAAAUGACAAAAGAAGAAGAAAACCCUGAGUGGGUUGGUGGUCAAGAAUUUUACGACAAAUAUGAACCUAAGGAGAUAUUAGGACGAGGUGUGAGCAGUGUAGUUCGCCGAUGUGUGGACAAACGGACUGGCCAGGAAUAUGCAGUAAAGAUCAUAGACAUCACACCAUCGGACAAAAUGACAACUCAAGAGAUAAAGGAAAUCCAGCAGGCCACUGUGAAAGAGAUCGACAUUCUUCGAAAAGUGUCUGGACAAAAAAACAUAAUUCAGCUGAAGGAUUGCUUUGAAUCAAAGGCCUUCUUCUUUUUGGUGUUUGAUCUGAUGAAGAGAGGAGAACUCUUUGAUUACCUCACAGAGAAAGUCACUCUAAGUGAGAAAGAGACAAGAAAGAUUAUGCGAGCUCUUCUGGAGGUGGUUGAGUAUCUUCACACCCACAAUAUAGUCCAUCGUGAUCUGAAACCAGAGAACAUUCUGUUAGAUGAUGAUGUGAAUAUCAAACUCACUGAUUUUGGCUUCUCGAUCCAGAUUGAGCCUGGACAAAGACUGAAUGAGGUUUGUGGGACACCAGGUUACUUGGCUCCAGAAAUAAUUGAGUGCUCCAUGGAUCCCAAUCAUGCUGGUUAUGGGACUGCUGUUGACAUUUGGAGCGCAGGCGUGAUCUUCUACACUCUUUUGGCUGGAUCUCCACCUUUCUGGCACAGGAAACAAAUGCUGAUGCUUCGAAUGAUUCUUGCAGGAAAAUACGAAUUCAGUUCUCCGGAGUGGGAUGACCGCUCAGACACUGUCAAAGACUUGAUUUCCAGGUUAUUAGUUGUGGACCCACAAAGUCGUUAUACAGCCACAGAAGCUCUCAAUCACCCGUUCUUCCAGCAGUACGUGGUUGCAGAAGUACGUAAUUUCAGCCCUUACAGGAAGUUCAAGGUUAUUUGUAUGACCGUACUUGCCGCCAUGCGUAUCUACUGCAACUAUCGUCGUGCCAAACCUGUCACCAAAGAGGUGCUCCGCAGCGACCCAUAUGCCAUCAAACCUCUACGCAAGAUGAUCGACGCAUGUGCCUUCAAGAUCUACGGCCACUGGGUGAAGAAAGGGCAAACUCAGAACAGAGCAGCUUUAUUUGAGAACACUCCAAAAGUCAUCCUGCUCUCCAUUGCUGCUGAGGAGAUGGAUGUGUCACCCAGGACUUGGAGAAAUGUAGUAUCCCUCCAAUAAUGCACCACUGGCAUCAACUAGUCUUGAACAUUUGGCUCUUAAAGCUCAGUCCUUUUCUGUUUUGCAUUUGAGCUCAUAGCACAGCGGAAGCCCAGGUUAUCAGAGGCC